AAAAAUACUGCAAAGAGCGCACAACUCUCAUAAAAACAACACAAACAACGCAUUUUGCGCAAUUAUCAAUUUUAUUUAUACUUUGUACGUUAAUUAAUAUUGUUGUAAACAGCGCAGAGCGUAACAACAAUUGAAGAAGGCGUGAAAUAGUUUAAUUCAAUGGAAAUGUGAAUUAAUGUGUCAUGAGCAGCUGCUGAUGAAGUAACGGGAUAAGACAGAACAGCUGUUUUUAUUAACCAUAAUAAAUAAAUAAUAGAGUUCUUAUAUCAAUAAUUGUAUUGAACAUGCCACGAAACGCAGAUGAUCGUCAAAGGCUGCUCGUGCGGCAGGAGGAGGAGCAGGAGGAAGAUGAGCCAAUGCUUGAUGGUGGAGUUGGAGCGGAGGGAGUUGGUGGUGGUUUUGUGCCCGCAUUCUUACCACACGGUGGAGAGGGGGAAUACAACAUAGAUGAUGAUCGUUGUCUGUUGGAGCGGGAACACGAUGAGGUGGUUUUAAUGUCCACCGCACCCACCGCCGGAUCGACCUUAACCUACUGUGUGUUCUAUCUGCUUGGAAUUGGAACCAUGACGCCAUGGAAUUUCUUUGUCACCGCCGAGGAUUAUUGGAAGUACAAAUUCCGGAAUACAACCCUCAAUGGAACUCAACUCGAAGACGAACUCACGCCACUGCAGAAAAGCUUCACCUGUGAUUUGACUCUGACUGCGACCAUCUCAGGCACCACGUUCCUCUUGUUAAAUGCCGUCUAUGGACAUCACAUCACACUGCGUGCCAAAAUGCUGGGCACACUCUGCACCAUCUUUGUGCUUUUUGGCAUCACCACCGGAUUUGUGGAUGUUAAUACGGACAAAUGGCAGGAGCAAUUCUUUCUCAUUACGCUCAUCAUAGUCGUCCUACUUAAUAUUUCCUCUGCCACCAUGUCGGGUGCCUUGUACGGCGUCGCUGGACUCUUUCCUUCCGAGUAUAUGACAGCUGUGGUCAGCGGUCAAGCCUUGGGGGGAAUUCUCACCGCCUUGGCCUUCAUCCUAGUCCUGGCCUUUGAUGCAGGACCCUCGACGACGGCCUUUGUGUUCUUUUGCCUGGGAGCACUGUUGAUCUUCCUCUGCAUUAUCAGUUACUUGGCGAUGGCACAACGGGCAUACUUCAAGUAUUAUCUGGAGGGAGGUGAUAAGUACAAAGUGAUCAGUGCCCAACCGUCGCACAGUCGCAACGAGGACACGGGUGUGCCGCUCGAGCCCAUAUUGCGGGAAGUAAUGGGCAAGAUCUAUAUCCAAGCAGCGAGUCUGGCAUUACUCUAUGCCACAACGCUGUCUGUUUAUCCCGCGGUGACGGUGCUCAUGCAGUCGGAGCACUACGAAAGCCACAGCCCGUGGACUGAUGUUUAUUAUCUACCCGUGGUGAAUUAUUUGUUCUUCAAUUGUGGCGAUUACUUUGGCAGACUAAUUGCUGGAUAUCUAGAGCGUCCAACGAAUCAACAGACGACGCUGCUCUGGACUGUGGUGCGUGUGGUGCUCGUGCCGUGUUUUCUGCUCUCCAACACCAGCGAACAUCAAUUCCUGCCCACUCUGAUCCAACACGACUAUACGUUUAUAGCCAUGAUCGUUAUCUUUGCCUUGUCCAAUGGUUACUUGACCAACAUUUUGCUCAUCAUGGCGCCGCGUAGUGUGAAACAGCAUGAGAAGCAGCUGGCGUCGUCUAUAAUGGCCGCCUCCUUAAGUGUGGGCAUGGCAGCUGGUUCCCUGUUGAGUCUCGCCUUUGUCCAGAUGUUGUGACCUGCCUCAUUGUCUCAAAGUUGCCUUAGAACGCUUUGUUUAUGUACUUUAGGUAAUCUUGAUAGCUUUUACAAAUUGAUAGUUAAUGUGUUUUAUGUUUCUCUUUUUUAAUAUUUACAACUGUUUUAUAUUGUUCAAUUGUGAUUAUUCGUAAUGCUCCAAAAUUUGCCAAUGUCUGUCAGACUUGUAACAUAUCAAAGCAAAAUUAUUUAUGUGUCCAGCAUUGUAUGUUUUAUUGUAAUGUUUAACCCAUAAGUUGAUACGUUUUUAUACUGUCGAACAAAAGAAUCAAAAAUAAAGUUAAGUCUCUUUUAAGGUUAUUCAUUA